AUGCCGGAAACAAAGGAUUCCAAGGACAAGUCCAAGGUGCACAAGUUGUCGCUGAAAGGGUCGGCCAAGCUUGUGGCCGAGUUUUUUGAAUAUUCCAUCAAUUCCAUUCUCUUCCAACGAGGUGUUUACCCUCCGGAGGAUUUCACAACUGUCAAAAAAUAUGGCCUCAAUAUGCUCGUGUCCGCGGACGACCAAGUGAAAGCCUACAUCAAGAAGAUCAUGUCGCAAUUGAACAAGUGGAUGAUUGGCGGGAAGAUCUCUAAGCUGGUGGUUGUCAUCACGAGCAAGGAGACCGGAGAAAAUGUGGAACGGUGGCAGUUCGACGUCGAUAUAUUCAGCAAGUCAUCCAAGAGCAAGAGUUCGCGGAAGUCAGCCGACAAGGAGAAUGCCUCACCCGGAGACGCUGACCCCGAAGCCUCCGAGGCUCCGAUUGAAAAGACCGAGAAGGAAAUCCAGGAAGAAAUCCAAGCCAUCUUCCGCCAGAUCACAGCGUCGGUCACUUUUCUCCCCGUUCUGGAUGGAGACUGCACCUUCAACGUGCUGGUAUACGCGGAUGCAGACUCCGAUGUGCCCGUGGAAUGGGGAGACAGCGACGCCAAAGAGAUCAAGAACGCCGAGAAAGUUCAGCUUCGCAGCUUCAGCACGAACAACCACCGCGUGGGCACUCUGGUCAGCUACCGGCUGGCCGAUUGA